AUGACACUUGCAUAUUCUGGAUGUUUUGGUUCUGGUACUAUUCAACAUGAACUUAUGCACGUUCUUGGUUUUUAUCAUGAACAAUCACGGCCAGAUCGUGAUACAUAUGUUACUAUUAAUCAAACUAAUAUUGAAUCAGGCCAUGAACAUAACUUUAACAAAUACCGAUGGGGUACUACUGUUUAUAAUCAAAAUACCAGUUAUGAUUUUGAUAGUAUUAUGCACUAUGGUAGUAAUUAUUUUAGCAGUAAUGAACAACCGACUAUUACACCUAAAGAGGCUGGUAUAAGAAUUGGUCAAAGAGAACAUCUUAGCCCAAUUGAUAUUGCUGAAAUUCGUUCAUUUUACGGUUGUGCAGAUUAA